AUGCGGGGCAGAGAGCUACGGAGCGCGUGCAGAAGACUGCUCCUGCUGUCCCUCUGUGUGCUGUCGCUCUGGGGAGAGCUCAGCCUCGCGUCCUCACACAGGAGUCACAUAGUGCACGUGAAGGCAGGGACCUGUGAGGUGAUCGCUGCUCAUCGCUGCUGUAACAAGAACAAGAUCGAGGAACGAUCUCAGACCGUCAAGUGCUCCUGUUUUCCAGGACAGGUUGCCGGGACAACAAGGGCGGCUCCAUCUUGUGUGGACGCCUCCAUCGUGGCCCAGCGCUGGUGGUGCCAGAUGCAGCCCUGCAUGCAGGGGGAGGAGUGCAAGGUCCUGCCAGACCAGAAGGGGUGGAGCUGCAGCACCGGCAGCAAGGUCAAGACCACCAAGGUCACGCGAUAGUCCUCUACUCCUCUGUGGAUCCUUGGUACUGGACGUCACGCUUCCUGGUCCUACACAGAAACUUUGGGACCGCUGCAUGUGAUUGGUUGAGUGUUGAUGACUGGUAGAAACCAGGGAUCAAUAAGGACAAACAGGAAUAACAGAGACAUUCCAUUGAUUGGAUGCAAGGAGGAAAUGGGCGGGCCUGGCAACACAAGUAAGCGCCUAUCUUGAAGGACAACUGUUUAGAAUCCAUCCAACUUCGUGAGACAGUUUCCUUCCAGAACGUUGUGUUUGUUUUCCCGCCUGGGCUGUUGAACCCGGACUUCAAGGUGUUGAAUGAGAAAGGACAUACGUUGGGAUUACGCAAGAUACACCCUUAAACGGAAUCAAGUGAAAAUCAUCAUGUAAAAAAUAUUCCAGUAUUCAUUUUGUUCAUUUGUCCAUUAGUUUGUCUGCAGAGAGCCCAGUGACUGAACAUCCCUGAUAUAUCUGUGUUAUUAAAGAUCUGUUUAGAUUGUCAACGUUUUAUUCCUUUCGGCCUCAUGAAACUAUCCCUUCAUUUAAUUUUUCUAAUGAGAAAACAAUGAUGUGUUUGGUUUUCGUGACCUCAGUUGGACCACUGCUUUUUUAAAGGUUUGAUACAUUGAAAGAAGAUUCGGCAAGUGAAUAUAGAACAGCGAAAAAACAAUGUGUAAAGGUGUUUUGAGUCUUUGGAGUCCCACGGUCCAGUUAAAAUGACAUGAAGUUGGGCUCUAACUGUUAUUGAUAUCUGUUUCUAAACCUGGUA